AUGGCUGCUGCGGUCCCCAGGGGAGACGUGACCCAGCCCGAGGUCAUCAAGGAAAUUCUCGAGGCCCUGUGCCGCCCCCCCAAGGACAGGCUGCGCGCCGCUUUGGACUCGCACUUUUCGGAAAACGCGACGCUCAAGAGUGCCCUGUUCCAGGUCCAGGGGCGUGAGAAGCUGUACCAGCUGUUCAGGGCGUGGCAGGCCGCAUUUGACGACCGCGUGCAGGUCCUGGAUGUGGCAGUCCACGGCAGCAAGGCCCUGGCGCGCGUCCGCCACAACCUGCAGCCGCGGAUCCUCAACGCCCCGCUGCCAGGCGUCGGGGGCCUGCCGGGCUGGGCUAAGCGUGCGGCGACCUUCCCGCUCAUUGUGGCGGCCGAAUUCACUUUCGAGGUGCGGGGCCGGGCUGAUUACGUAUGA